UCAUCCCAGUCCUCCUCCCAGUCCUCUCCCCCUUGCCGCUCGAGUACGUUAUCUGUACUUAAAGGAUCCCCUGUCCCGAACCUCCCGGAUCGAUUCCUGUCUUGAGACCUCUCUGUGUGAUACUAUGAUCUCACUGAUCAUUCCACCGAGACUCCUGUCAGCUUAGUUCAACUGCAGUGCCGUAUCAUCACACAUAUCUGCCGCGGGUCUCUGCAGUGUUCAGCAUCGGAUUUGCCAACCGAGUCCGGCCUUAUCUUCCAUUGUCUUGUUUCCUGUUACACAACUUAGACGCCGUUGUCUCUGUAACUACCACCUUCCUCUUUUCAGCUUUUUCUAUAAUACAAAGAGGCCCGGAGUGAGAUCCCAGCCCUCCAAGAGGUUCCCCACCGGACACUCCUUUCUCGCUACCACCAGAGCGACGCUCCCUUGACAGCAAGUUCCCAAGACAAACUCCAUACCACAUACGUCAGUUCUCCGGGUUUUGUUUCUUACACAUCAUCAUGACUUCAGCGGCGAACAUGGCUGUAAGGGAAAAGCGACGAGGGGCUUCCCAGCAGGAUAUCGUUCAGAUGGAGGUUCGAAAGGCUAUGACGGCGGCCGAGUACUCGCGACGACAGUUUGUCCUCAACUUCGCCGCCAGCAAGAACAUUCAGCUUCUCAUCCCCGGCAAGAAGGCGGAUGCGAUCAAGGAGGCCGAGGAGUGGACGGUUGUCUGGCUGGCCCAGAACCAACUCACUACAGUGUCCAACGAUUUCUUCAAGUAUACAGUUGACUCGAGGCUAUGGAGCAAGCUCGUCGGUGACGAAAUUCCGUUUCCAUUUGCUUUUAUGAAAUGCCCCAACAACCCCAGCGAUGGCGAGAACAGGAGCAGGGCACCAACACCAAAGGGUGAUGCUCUCUUGACAAACCAUGCCGUCGAGAUUACCAGCAACACUGCCUCCGCUCCCAACCUGCCGACCAGCAAGCAAGUUAAGAGGCAGUCCCUUCAACGGUCGGAAUCAGAUAACGAGACCGUGACUAGAAGACACACAGACACCAAGAAGGCGAAGACAACCGGAAUUCCCCUGGAUAAGGCGCGCAGUCUCUCGCUCGACAGCGUGGACGACGACCUGAAGGUGCCCAAGAAGCCUAGCAACCGCUUCUUGGUGCGGUUGAGCCGCUCGUGGUCUCGGCGGGUUUCAUCCUGAAUGGGCCAUAUCCAUUUCUCUAACUUCAGCAGUUUAUCAUCACUUCAUUAUCAAAAGUGGAAAUCAUUUAUCAGUCACGGACGGCAAAUUGUAUUUUUAUCGGCAUUCCACUCCCAGCUUCACAGGUACCCAACGGCCUUUAAUA